UGCGGCUGGCUCUCCCCGUCAGCAGGGACCAGGGCAAUGGCGGCCGAGUCCCGCCGCGCUCCGCUCCGCUCCCUCCGCCCCGGCCGUUGAGACGGGCCGCCGGGACGCCCGAGAGAAGACGAGGAGGAGGAGGAAGAAGAGGAGCUGCGGCCGAGAAUGGCGGAGCUGACGGCAGCCGGGGAGGGCAACCCAGGCCGGGGCCGCACGCCCAGCCCGCUCCCGGGGCCCCCCAGCCCUCGCCCGCCCGCCCCCGCCACCGCCUCGGAGGCCGCGCCGGGAGGAGGCCCAGGCCCAGGCGGGGGCUCCAAGUGGGUCCGGCUGAACGUGGGCGGCACGUACUUCGUGAGCACCCGGCAGACGCUGUGCCGCGAGCCCAAGUCCUUCCUCUGCCGCCUCUGCUGCCAGGAGGGGCCCGAGCUCGGCUCCGACAAGGAUGAAACGGGGGCAUAUCUCAUUGAUAGGGAUCCCACAUAUUUUGGUCCAAUUCUGAACUACCUCCGGCAUGGAAAACUCAUAAUAAACAAAGAAUUGGCAGAAGAAGGUGUGUUAGAAGAAGCUGAAUUUUAUAACAUUGCAUCUCUCGUGCGGCUGGUGAAGGAGCGAAUACGGGACAAUGAAAGCAGAACUUCUCAAGGACCUGUCAAGCACGUAUACAGAGUCCUGCAGUGCCAAGAGGAAGAGCUCACUCAGAUGGUGUCCACUAUGUCUGAUGGAUGGAAAUUUGAACAGCUAAUCAAUAUUGGAUCUUCCUAUAACUAUGGAAAUGAAGACCAAGCAGAAUUUCUCUGUGUUGUAUCCAGAGAGCUCAAUAACUCUACCAAUGGCAUAGUCAUAGAACCUAGUGAGAAAGCAAAGAUUCUUCAGGAACGAGGAUCACGGAUGUAAUCCUAGCAUCUGCUUUAAAACUCCCAGAUGUCAAAAGGGCAACCUAGCUGAGCAGGGCAUUUCUCCUGCAGUCCAACCUUGCUUUUGUACAGUAAUCAAACUAACACAAAGCAAAGCUGAGCCUGUCCUGCCAACGGAGAAUCAGUCCUGGUAAAAACCAAAGGCUCAUCCCACCCAAGUUAUGGCAAGGAAA